AUGGCGGGAGGAACACCUGCGCGCGUAUCAUUGGCUCUUCAUGCCGCGUGGCUCCUGUGUGGCGCCGCACUGUGCAUGCCUAGAGAAAUAUUACAAGACUUUGACGUCGAUGGCGGACGAGAUCUCGACAUUUUCGAAAUCAAUGAAGAAGCAGGGUUAAAUCUGGUAGAAGGCGACAUUGUGCUCGGCGAGAAACAAAGUAGGAACUCCAUCAUCGGCGAAGAGUACAGAUGGCCCACAACCAUCCCAUACUACAUGGAGGACGACCUCGACAUCAAUGCAAAAGGUGUGAUCCUGAAGGCCUUUGAGCAGUACCGUCUUAAGACCUGCAUCGACUUCAAGCCGUGGAGUGGAGAAGCAAACUACAUCGCCAUCUUUAAAGGCAGCGGCUGCUUCUCCUCGGUGGGCAACCAGCGUGUCGGCAGGCAGCGUCUGUCCAUCGGCAAAAACUGCGACCGCAUCGCCACCAUCGAACACGAGUUCUUGCACGCUUUGGGCUUCUGGCACGAGCAGUCCAGAGCAGACCGGGACGACUACGUGCAAAUCAUGUGGGACCGCAUCUCAGCCGGCCGAGAGCACAACUUCAAGGUCCACAAUGACACCACCUCCAGCUCGCUGGGCGUCCCCUACGACUACGGCUCCAUGAUGCACUACAGCAAGACUGCCUUCAGCAAGGGCUCCGAGCCCACCAUCGUCACAAAGAUCAACUCCUUCGCCGACGUCAUCGGCCAGAGGAUGGAGUUCAGCGACAGCGACCUGCUCAAGCUGUCCCGCCUCUACAACUGCACUCGGGGCUCCACUUUUCUGGACUCGUGCGACUUUGAACGGGAGAACAUCUGCGGGAUGAUUCAGGGCCCGGGGGACCAGGAGGACUGGCACAGGCUAUCCGAGGCAGCAGGGGGACCCGACACAGAUUACUCCAAUAUGGGAAAAUGCACUGGUUCUGGCUAUUUCAUGCACUUCAAAACGAGCACGGCCAACAUUGGCGACGCGGCCCGUCUGGAGAGUCGAAUCCUGUACCCCAAGCGAGGCUACCAAUGUCUGCAGUUCUUCUUCUAUAACAGCGGCGGCCCAGAGGAUUCGCUCAAGAUCUUCGCGCGGGAGUACGACAAUGCUAACCCUGCUGGGACGCUGCGCUUGAUCACCACCAUCGACGGACCCCCUCAGGACCUGUGGCAGCUGCACCACGUCAGCCUGAACGUCACAAAGAAGUUCCGUGUGGUCUUCCAGGGCACCAAGGAAGGUGCGGGUCCAUCUUCAGGUGGACUGUCUCUGGAUGACAUCAACAUCUCGGAGACCGCGUGUCCCGAGUUCACGUGGCGCGUCAAGAACUUCAGCCACGUCAUGGAGAACACCCGCUUGGACGCGGCCAUCUACAGCCCGCCCUUCACCUCCAAGGAGGGCUACACCUUCCAGAUGAAGCUCUAUCCCAGCGGGAAGACCGACUCUCCCGGGCGAAUGGCGGCCUACGUGAACCUGGUGGCCCGCGAGGGGGACGUCGGGCAGACAUGGCCUUGCCGUUGGAAACAAAUGACCAUGAUGCUCAUGGACCAGCACCCACACAUCCAGAAGCGCAUGUCCAACCAGCGCAGCAUCACCACCGAUCCCAACAAGACGUCUUCAGGCAGCAGCAAGCUCUUCUGGGACGACCCUCGAAAGGUGGGCGUCGAGGUGACGGACACGGACGGCUCCAAGUACUUCCGGGGGCCCGGCACCGGCACCUCAGCGUACCUCACCCACCUGAGAGCCAAGAGCAGGGACUUCAUCAAGGGAGGGGACGCUAUCUUUAUGCUCAGCAUGGAGGACGCGUCUCAUCUGACUGCAAGCCAACCUUGGCCUACAAUCGCAAGCCCUUCUCCUUCAUCCUUGAACACUGCGCCCGCCACCGGCACCUCCAGCACCAGGUCGGCGCCGGAUGAAUGCGCGUACGUGCAGUGUCAGAAUGACGGCGUGUGCGUGCAGGCGCAAGGGAAGCCUGUUUGCAGGUGUGCCGUGGGGGGCGACUGGUGGUUCUACGGCGACAACUGCCAGCACAGAGGCUCGACGUCGGAGAGCAGCACCGUCGCGCUGGCCUCCUCGUUGUCCGUGCUGGGAGUCAUGCUGGUGGUGAGCGUGACCACCGCCGUUUGCCUGAAGAAGAAGUACAAGAAGCGUAGUUUUGAGAGUGGCCUGGUCAUGGGGAACAGGGGCCAACUAGCAUGAAA